AUGGUUAGUGCUGGUGAUAAGACAACAAUGCGUGAUUUAAGUCAAAUGUUGAAGAAAAUGCCACAAUAUCAAAAAGAGCUAUCCAUGUAUUCAACCCAUUUUCAUUUAGCUGAAGAUUGUAUGCAAACGUAUCAAAAUCAUGCUAAUAAAUUGUGUAAAGUUGAACAGGAUUUAGCUAUGGGUACAGAUGCCGAAGGUGAACGUGUUAAAGAUCAUAUGCGUACAAUGGUACCAAUAUUAAUUGACCAGUCAGUAUCAGCUUAUGAUAAACUACGUGUUAUCCUGUUGUAUGUUGUUCAACGUGGUGGAAUAAAUGAAGAGAAUUUAGCUAAAUUAGUACAACAUGCUCAAAUACCUUCAUCACAAGCCUGUAUUAUACGCAACUUGAUACACUUAGGGAUACCAAGCAUACAAGAUGCUACUGGAGCUAGUAUCGGUCGACGGAAACUUCCUCAGCCUUAUUUGCCUGGCAAUCGACGUCAACGUGAAGAUGGCCCAAGAUAUCAAAUGUCUCGUUGGACGCCCUACAUCAAAGAUCUUAUGGAGGAUGCUGUUGAAGAUAAAUUAGAUCAAAAGGCCUUUCAAUACUUUGGUGGUGGACCUGUUCGUGGACCGGGUACCCGGACAGGGAAUGCACCAAUGUCAGCUAGAUAUGGUAUGUGGCAUCGAGAUAAAAGUCAACAACCACGUUCUGGGCCUAGACUGAUAUUUUUCAUUAUCGGUGGAAUAUCCUAUUCAGAAAUGCGUUGUGCUUAUGAAGUAAUGAACACAACAACUGGUAAACAAUGGGAUAUUAUUGUCGGUGGAACCCACCUCCUAGUACCUGAAGGAUUUCUGAGCGAUUUAGAAAAAUUAUCUUAUCCACCGGGAACAGUACUUCCAUCAGCGAAUACUAGUAGCGGUAGUGGAGUCGGCGGAGGCGCACAGGUGA